AUGAGUAAAUGCACCGAAGUUACCCUUAAUUGCCCAGUUGAGGCUACGGUUUAUGGCUACUACCCAAACGUCGGCGGCAACGCCUUUCUGUUAGCCAUCUUCAUUCUCUGCACUGUAUCACAGCUUUUCCUCGGCGUCAAGUAUCGGCUUCGUGCGUUUAUGACCGUCAUGGUCAUUGGUUGUCUGCUCGAAGCACUGGGUUACAUCGGCCGACUGAUGAUGAGCAAGAACCCCUGGAGCGGCGUCGGCUUCCGCUUGCAAGUCAUCUGCCUCAUCCUCGCCCCGUCGUUCCUAGCCGCGGGAAUCUACCUCACGCUUAAGCACCUCGUCCUCUACAUCGGCCCGGAGAAUUCCCGUCUUGCCCCGAAAUGCUGCGACGCAAUCAGCUUUCUCAUGCAGGCGGCCGACGGUGCGGCUGCGUCCUCUAGCGACGGAGGAAGCGCGGCCGAGACGGGAAACAACAUCAUGAUUGCUGGAAUCGCGGUUCAGGUUGUCACGAUGGGUAUCUGCGGCUUACUUGCUGUGGAAUUCGCCUGGCGGACGUUUAGGAACAGGAGCCGUGGGUCAAGUGAUUCAAAUGCGUGGAACCAGCCAGCGCAGCCUACUUGGAUGUUCCGCUUCUAUCUGUCUGCUUCCGCGGCAGCGUUUAUCGCCAUUUUUAUCAGAUGCAUCUACCGUCUCCCGGAAAUGGCUGGCGGUUGGGGCAACCCACUUAUGCGCAAAGAAGAGGAGUUCAUUGUCCUCGAUGGCAUGUAA